AGUUAGGUCCUGGUUGUGGGAUUUUUUUUUUUAAUUUUUAAGACAGACACAGCUGUUGAGUAAAAUGCCACCUCCACAGAAAAUCCCAAGCCUCAGACCUUUCAAGCAGAGGAAGAGCUUAGCAACCAGACAGGAGGAAGUUGCUGGAAUCCGGGCAAAGUUCCCAAACAAGAUCCCGGUGAUAGUGGAGCGCUACCCCAGAGAGAAGUUCCUGCCCCUGCUGGACAAAACCAAGUUCCUGGUCCCGCAGGAGCUGACCAUGACCCAGUUCCUCAGCAUCAUCCGGAGCCGCAUGGUGCUGAGGGCCACGGAGGCCUUUUACCUGCUGGUGAACGACAAGAGCCUGGUCAGCAUGAGCGUGACCAUGGCGGAGAUCUACAGGGACUACAAGGACGAGGAUGGCUUUGUGUACAUGACCUACGCCUCCCAGGAGAUGUUCGGGUGCAUGGGGUCCGCAGCCCCCCGGGAUGGGGGCCUCCUCGGGGACAGACCCUGCAAUCGUCUCUAGCCCUUGUCAGGAAGAACUUGUCCUCUGACCCCUGCGUCAGACACUGGCAGAAUCGGCUGGUUUUCCCCUGCGGACAUUGGAGGUGUCGGGGGAGCAGGGCUGCCCAGGCUGACCGGACCCCCUCAGUGACAGCAAAGCUGUUGUUCUUCCCGCUUUGCUGGUUUUGUGCUCCAUGCGCUUGCGUUUUCUGGAGGGAAAAAUGCUCUCGCAAGUUUUGUAAAUAAUGACUUUCUUGUGAAUAAGAAAUGGUUAGCUUGCGUGAUGGCUUUGCGAGAUGAGCUGGAGACAACACCUUUGUGGUGCAGGUGGGCAGGCCCCUGAGGGGUCAGUGUCACCCCUGCACGUGGGCAGGUGUCCCAUACCUGGCUCGGUCAUACAGAACCUGUAGGCUCAUCUCUGUGGAACCACACGGUCAGCUCAGGUGUCCUUACCUGUGUCACGAGACAGACUGCCCUAGUUCUCCAGCGCUCACUCUACUCGCUUAUUUCCUCUUGCUCCCUUUCCGUCUGUGGGUGUCACACAUAUUUGUGCCAAAGUGGUAACUUCUCAACAUAAAGUCAUUUAAACCACUGGAGCGUUUACUACGUGCCAAGCUUUGUUCUAAGCAACCUAUGUGCAUUAGCUCCUCAUCAUAAAGUCCUGUGGCUGACUACUAUUACCCUGUAACAGAUAAGGAAACUGAGGCCCAGAAAGGCCAAGGACAUCUUCCAGAUUCACACAACAGGGGCUACCAGGACCCAAGGUCAGAAAGUUUGGAUUUUAGAAGCCUCACUCCUAGACCUCCGCCAGGUUCCCUAACGAGGGGGGACUCUACUCAAUGAUGCCUACUGGGUCCCUGAGCUGCAGUGUUGAGUGGGACAGAUGUAAACUAGGGGUGCAGUGGAGCUCCAUGAAUGCAUUAAUAGAGGGGGGUUUCAGCAGCUGUACAACAAGAGCAAGGGCUCCAGCCAUGCUUGGACGGUGUUGGUCACAAAAGAUUUUACAGGGAGUUGAACAUGAGCUGGGUUUUGAAGUAUGGAUAAGAGUUUGUCCAGGAGGGAGUUUUAUUUGUUCAUAUUAAGCAAACAUACAUUGGGCAUUUACUAUCUGCUAAGCACUGUUUGGGGGUCCUGAAAAUACAGCAUUGAAUAAGAUAGGCAAGGUCCCAACCCUCAUGGAGCCCACUUUAAUGCUAGCAAAAGAAGAAAGACCAUAUUCAGAUACUUGUAAGUACAAUUAAAGAAGAGGAAGGGGGAAAAAGAUCCAGAGUGGUUGGCAGAUAGACUCCACCCUCCAUGGUGGGCAGAGAGGGAGUUAUUUUCACCUGGACCAGAGUGAUGACAAGAAGUCAGUGGCGGAGGUUGAACAUGCCAGGCAGAGGGAACGGUGGCUGAGCAGAAGCUCCUAAAGUGUAAGAGUUUUACAGACAGGAUUCCAGGUUUGGUGCAGCCAGUGAUGGGGAGGGAGAGGACGGGAAAGAGGCGGCAUUCUAGUUGGAGAGAGAGCAUUUGUUGAAAAAGGUGAGGCUCAGAGAAGGUGCGAUCUCCUUAAGGCCCCUUAGCCGUGCUGGGCCUGGCAGGUCUCCUGGGCUCACUCCCUGGGGCCAGCCUGGCCUCUCUCCUGUCUGCAGCUGUCCUUUCCCUUCCUGACUUGCCAACUCCAGUUGCUUCCUCCAACUCUCAUCCUUCAAGUCACCAUUGCCAUAUACCAAGCAAACACCUUGUCUCCCAGACACAUCCUCCAGAUAUGUCCUUGUUGCUUUGCCUUGAUCAGUGAGUAUUCUUAUCAAAUACAUCUGCUUCCUGGGAUUGACUUUGAACUUGAUGAGAGUCUUUGGCCAUGGACACUCUGGUGUUGUUCCUCCUGCUUUCUGUCUUCCCCACUUGCUUGGUCUUCCUUGGCUCACAGUAGCUAAGGCUGUCACUACGCUGCAAGAACAGGGUCCUUGCCUGGGUGUGUAGCUGGGUGAGCUCUCGUGCUCUGUUUGGUCUCCAAGACCCUUCCCGAUGCAGCUUCCCCUCGUACAUUAACCACAGAGGUUCAGAGCAGCCUCUUCAGCUGCCUUGCUUAGGGUGGGUCUGGUUCCAUAACCAGCUAAAUCUCAGUGCCUGAAACAACCAGUCUUUUAUGCUCAUGGAGUCCAUGGCUAAGGGGAUUUCAGAAAAUGUACAGUGGCAACAGUUUGUCUCUGCUCCGUGGUGUCUGAGACUCAGCAGGGGAGACCCGAAAGGCCGAGAGUGACUGGGACGGCUGGGAUCACCUGGAGGCUUCUUCAUUCCCAUGUCCAGCGCCAGGGAUGGGAUGACUCAAGCCCGGGCCCAGCUGGGACUGAAGACUGGCGUGACUCCCAGUGGCCUCUCGGAAGGAUGGCUGGGCUCCAGGGGCAGCAUGCUUGCAAGGAGCAGCUGGAGAACAUGUGGCCCAAGAAACCAGGACAGAAGCUGAAGUGCCGAUUGGUGAUGGAUUUCAAUCUUCUGUUUUUAUUUUUUUUGAGGCAAGUUCUCACUGU